AUGACUGGCUAUUGCCGCGUCUGGAUACCAGGCUAUGCCCAGAUAGCCCAGCCCCUGUAUGAGGCGACCCGAGGAGAGGGCGAGAUGCUGUGGGGAGAGGAUCAGAGAAAAGCGUUCCAGGAACUGAAAGACAUGCUAACAAAAGGUCCGGCCCUAGGACUCCCAAACCUCAUGCUGCCCUUUACGCUGUACGUGCUUGAACGGGGAGGCUUGGCAAAGGGGGUCCUGACACAGCAGAUCGGACCCAGUAUGCGACCCUGCGCAUAUCUCUCUAAAAGACUGGACGCUGUAGCAAGAGGAUUUCCACCCUGUCUGAGAGUAGUAGCAGCAGCAGCUUUGCUAUUACAAGACGCAAAGAAACUCACUUUCGGGGCAAAGACUACUGUGGUCACAGAACAUUCCAUCAGAUCAUUGUUAAAAGAAGGGACUAUCAAGUGGAUGACAGGCUCUAGACUCAUGAAAUACCAACUAAUGUUGCUAGAAGACCCGGAGGUUGAACUACAAGUAACCACCAGCUUAAACCCCGCCUCAUUCUUACCCGAUGAGCACACAGAAGAAGGAGAGACGCAUGACUGCUCGACGUUACUGCAGCAGACCUGGGCGGUCCGCUCUGACCUACGCACAGUCCCUUUGAAGAAUGCUGAUCUACAGUGGUUUACAGAUGAGUCCUCCUUCGUGGAGAAUGGAGUGAGAAAAGCAGGAUAUGCUGUGGUGAGCUUAGUGGACACUAUUGAAGCUCAACCCUUACCUACAGGAACCUCGGCCCAGCUGGCAGAGUUAAUUGCGGUCACCAGAGCUUGUGAGAUGGCAGAAGGACAGACUCUGAACCUAUAUUCAGAUUCGAAAUAUGUACACAACAUGGCACAUGCAUACGCGGCGCUACAUCACAAAAGAGGCAUGCUGGAUUCCAAGGGGAACCCAGUGAAAUACCGGCUAGAGAUCCAGCGAUUCAUGGACGCUAUGCAACAGCCCCGCAGCCUGGCUUUUAUGCAUUGCCGUGGACACCAGAGAGGAGGAGGAGAAGUGGAAAGUGGCAACCGGAGAGCUGAUGCAGCAGCCAAGCUAGCUGCGCGCUCAGCUGAAAUGAUUAUGGUGUCCCUCAUCCUGGACCUAGCCGCCCUGGAAGAAGACUGGGAGUAUGGGACAGAGGACCAGAAGUUGGCAGAAGCCCUGGAAGCUGUAAAACAGAACGGGAAAUGGAUUAUCAGAGGGGGGAAGACGCUAGUCCCCAAGGAGUAUGUGCCGAGACUUGUGGGAGGGUUGCAUGAAGGCACGCACAUGGGAGCAGAGACUAUGUAUGAGCUCAUCCGGAAAAAGUGCUAUGCGCCAAAUUUGUCUGCUCAUACUCGACAAGUGGCCAGAAAAUGUAUAGAAUGUGCUAAAGUCAACCCCAACACCCGACCCCUUUCCCGGCGGGUAGACCAGGUCUCCGGCGUCCUUUGCGGUGUGCGCAUGCGCGCGCGCGCAAAGCGCCUGUAUGUGGUGACUGCUUACUCCAGGUAA